AGCCACACUACCGAUCCUGCCAAAAGGGUCCGGACUUCGUGUAGAACCGUGUGCAACAGCGCCUGCUCUAGCGAGGUCUUGUAUUUUCCUUCUUAAACCAAAACCACGGAUGGAAAGGAACCCCCCUGAUGGUGCAGGCCCUGUCCACGUGCCACUGGGACAUAUUGUGGCUAGUGAAAAAUGGCGCGGGUCCCAGCUGGCUCAGGAGAUGCAAGGGAAAGUUAGACUUGUUUUUGAGGAGGGUCUGGCACCAGCAGACUUUUACCUGUCCAGCAAAUCUUGCAUUCUCUAUAUCACUGAAGCAGAUCUGGUGGCUGGACAUGGCUACAGAAAGAGACUUGUUCUUCUUAGAAACUCUGGACACCUUCAAGGGAUUGUCAUCGUGGAAAAAACAAAGAUAAGUGAACAGUACUUCCCGGCAGUCCAGAAGUUCACGGUGCUAGAACUCGGGAUGGUGUUGCUUCCGGUGGCGGACCAGUCGGAAGCAUCCUGCCUCAUCUUCCAGUUGGUUCAAGAACAAACCAGAGAGCCCAGCAAGAACCCUUUCCUCAGGAAGAAGCGCUCUACGCUCUCCGAGCUGCCCCUCGUUCACACUGUGCAGCAGAUCCCAGGGGUCGGAAAGGUCAAGGCCCCGCUUCUGCUCCAGAAGUUUCUGAGCAUCCAGCAACUGAGUAACGCUUCGGUCCACGACCUGGAGGAGGUCGUGGGGCGCGCAGCAGCGCAGCAGAUCCACGCUUUCUUCACCCGCCAACAGCAGCAGCCUCGCAGCUGA